UUCAGCCUCACAGAGCCCUCGCCGCUCAGUGGGGUGAUCCCAGAAUCACCCUGGCACCCAGACCCGGCCGCCCCGGCCGUCCCAGUCUCUGACCCAUCACUCCACGGGCACUGACUCUCCUGUUCUGCAGCCCGCCAGGAUGGCAGGAGCUCCCCGUUCCUUCCUUCUUUUCCUCCUGCUGGUUUCCCAGCCCAGGGACACAAGUCCUGCUAUCUCACGCUGUUCCCCCAAAUUGAUGAAAGGAAUUCUGGGAGAAUCAGUCGUCCUCCCGCUUAAUUCCAAGGAGAUGUUCAAGAACAUCAGGUGGUCCGCACCCAGCCCUCGCCAGGACGAAGCCUCAGGCAGAACGGUGCCUCUUGCUGUCGUCACACCGGGGGCGCCCGGAGCCCUGCCCCGUCUUGAUGUGGAGGACGAGCGAUACAGAGGGCGACUGAGACUCUACGGCCAGACCUAUUCACUGGAGAUCAGCAACCUGACGAUGGCAGAUGAGGGCAAAUAUGAAGUAGUGCAAACUCUAAUUGCAAACAAUCAAUACAACUGUGACUAUCCCCUGUACAUCUACAAGCGACUGUCGGAGCCGGAGAUCAGGGUCCACCCUGUGAUGGUUGGGAACGGCACCUGCAAUGUGACCUUCACCUGCAGCGCCGGGGAGAGGCCCAGGCACCUCAUCUACACCUGGACACGCCCAGCAGGAGGCGCCGUUCUCUCCACUGAGGUAUCCCUGCUGGUCCAGCACAGACUGGGGGAUGAGGACUCGCCCGUCACCUGCACGACCACAAACCUCGUCAGCAACAGCUCGGCCAGUGCCUCCCCCAAGGCGGCCUGUGAAGGUCCCGCCCUGCCCCAGACCCCAGCGCUGUCCUACUGCCGCGCCAAGGGGAUCCUUGUGCUGGGGGUGCUGGGAACCCUGCUGGCUGGGAUCCUCACGGUGCACAUCCUCGCCGCAAGGGAGCAGAGACGGCCCUGAGAGGAGAGGAGCUUCCACUGGGGCUGUCAAUCCCCCCCACCCCGCUGAAGUUUCCCACAUGGGCUGGCUAAUGAACGAGAAUGCUCCAUCGCCAACUGCAAAAGCCUCCAUUUCCCUCCCCCUCAGGGAACAAGAGCAGCAGCGACUCUAUUGCACUAGACUUGGCCAAACGUGUAGCAAUCCCUGAUCCUCCGCCCGGCUGUUCUGGGGCACAGGGCGGGGGGGUGUCUCCAGGAUCGGAGUCUCUCUCUGGCCCAGUGACCAUGGAGUUAUGUAUAGAAAGUGGAACAGCUGUGAUAGGAGUGACUGAGACACACCCUCCCAAACAGCCUGGUGCACAGGGCCUUCCGCGGGGACAUGGGAGAUCUGGGUUCAAGUCCUGCUCUGAAUCAGGCAGCACAGGGAUUUGACCCCACGUCUUCCACAUCCCAGCUGAAUGCCCUGACCUCUAGGCGAUGGGGACUAGGGACUCGUGCUCUCACUCUGGUUUUAUCUGAGAAAUGGCGAGCUGGCUCAGGUCCCCAUCUCCAGGCGAGGGUUCAUGGCUGAGGGUCCCAGCUGGAGAGAGGCACCUAGUGCCAGCCGUCCCUGCGGGGUGGAAGGCCAAGAUCAGUAGGAACUGUGAAUCUGGGCCCUAAAACCGCUCCCCUUUCCUCUGCAUUUCACUCCUGAUCUGCUCUGAAAAGCCCUUCCCUGGGCGCCUAGCUCUGCCCAUGCGUAGGGCUGCCAAAUUUCUAUUCCCAGAAAAUCAAACACCCUUGCCCCUCCUCUUUCCUGAGGCCUCGCCCACACUCACUCCAUCCCCCCUCCCUCCGUCACUAGCUCUCCCCCACCCUCGUUCACCUGCUCAUUUUCACCGGGCUUGGACAGGGACAGGGAGUUGAGGUGUGAGAGGGGGUGAUGUAGAACUGAUGAAUGAAAUUGUUUUUAAUUGUUCACUUUCUUAAUGUAACUUCAUAA